GGCCCCGACUCAGCAGAGAAGCUCCCGCUGGGCUCUGCAUUUUCUUCAUCUUCUUCGCUUUCCUCUCGCCUAUUUUGGCAGUACGAGGUGUCUAUACAGCUCGAACCUCUACAAGAUUUUUGUAGAGUUGUACGUGCUUUUAAACCUGAUGAUCUUCUUCUUCUUGUCCUCAACAAAGUCGUCAGACCUCUACUUAAGAAGGCAAGAAAGCUUGCAAUUGCCUCCGUAUUGCAAUAUGAAUUCGCCGAGGCUUCAGAGCUGCAAAGCGAUGGUUUAGGGCUGAUUGACAUCUCACAAGCAGUAGCAGCAACAGCAGCAUCAGCAGCAUCAGCAGCACCAGCAGCACCAACAGCACCAGCAGUAGCAGCACCCGCAGCAGCAGCAGCAGCAGCGGCAGAACCAGCAGCAGCAGCAGCAGCAGCAGCAAAUGUGUUUAUUCUCAGGGAUCGGAGAGGAGCAGUUAAAGACAUUCUUCGAUCAGGAAAUAUUGCAUGCGAGCACGGGGCUGGCGAUGUUGAUGUAGAGGGGGAAGCAGCAGCAAGCAGGGCUCCAGCAGCAGCAAAAAAAGCAGCAGCAGCAGACGCCGCAGCAGAAGAAGACAAGGGUUCAGGCAACUCUGGCGAUAGCGAGGAUGAAGAAGAAGAUGAAGAAGAAGAAGAUGAGAAAGAAGAAGAAGAUGAAGAAGAUGAAGAUGAAGAGCAGCAGCAGCAGCAGCAGCAGCAGCAGCAAGACGGUUCUGCUUCUGAAUCUGAGAACAGCAGCGGCGAGUCUGAGGCUGAAGAUAAUAAUAAUAAUAAUAAUAAUAAUAAUAUAAAGAUAGAGGUAGGAGAGAAAAAAGUUAAAAAGAUAAAACGAGAAGCAGAGAGCGACACAGAAGAACAAGCAACAACACCCCCAGGGAAACGUAUCAAACAAGAGCAGCAGCAGCAGCAGCAGCAGCAGCAGCAGCAGCAGCGGGGUAAUAAUGAAGAAGAGCCUCUCUUGGAUUUGGCUGAGGUAUUACGAGGAAAACGCUUUGAUAGAAGUUUAGGUGUAUUUGUUGAUGAAGACGAAACCUCAAAUAAAACAAACAAAACAAACAAAAAUAUGCAUGCAAAUACACAACAACUAAUCAAUCCUUCUCCUUAUGAACAAGAUGCUGUAUGGGCUUCAGCAGCAGCCUUCCAGAAAAUGGCGCCUCUUGACCUUGAAUCGGCGGCAAUGCUACACGAGCUGAAGAUCUGCCGAAAGACAUGGCGAGUUGUUGUGAAGUUCGGAUGGCCGUUCGACAAAUGCCCCUACCGCCUUGAACUGCUGCCGCUCGUCAAGGGUUUAAUCGAAAAAGUAGUGCUUCAGCAGCCACAGGGGGUUACAGACCCUCACAUUGUGCAGGGGGCAGGCUGUUUAACUGGCUGUGGAAUGGAGCUGCGGUGUCGCGGUUCGAAUUUGCAGUGGCUGCACAAACUCAAAGAAAGUGCAGUAGACCACAACAGACUCGGAAUUCAAAAUUCGAAUUCUCCGUUUUUGCAAAUGGCGUUUGAGACGUCUUUCAAAUUCCUCACUGAGGCCUGCGAAAGAGCGGCAGUUGACGAACUUCGAAGCCCCUCCGCUUCGCUGAUUGUGGGUACGCCGCCAGUCAUCGGCUCGCAGCAAUCGCAGCUCCUAGCCGUACUACCAGACUUCACUGACAGCUAG